UCAACUCAAAUUUACCCCUCUAUCUCUCUCUAGAUUUCGUUCUCUCUCAUCAAAAGAUGCAGGAGUUUUCCAACUCCAUCCCAUUCAAGUAUGUAAAAAUAAGCUACCAAUAUUUUGUCAACCACAUUUUCACUCUCUUGCUCUUAUCCCUCAUGUUAUUUAGCCUCAUUGAAAUGCACUCUUUCUGCUUUCAACCCAUUCAGAUUGCUUGUCUAUCUCUUCUCGUCGUAUAUAUUGCCACCGUCCACCUCCGGUCCAAGCGUCGCCGGACUACAUACCUAGUCGACUACGCUUGUUUCAAGCCACUCACUUGCCGAGUCCCCUUCUCAACCUUCAAGGAGCAUGCAACAAUUGCUUUCAGCUCAUGCCCGAAAGCCGCUCAGUUCCAAAUCAAAAUUCUGGAGCGCUCCGGCCUCGGCGAAGAGACUAGCUUCCCUCCGGCAUCAUUGUACAUCCCACCAACCCCAAGUAUGGAGGCUUCAAGAGAAGAAGCCGAGACCGUUAUAUUCUCAGCCAUGGAUUCACUCUUCAACAAGACCGGACUUGGGCCGAUAGACAUCGACAUACUCAUUGUGAACUGCAGUGUCUUCUCUCCCAUACCGUCUUUGUCAGCCAUGAUCAUCAACAAGUACAAGCUCAGAAGCAACAUAAAGAGCUUCAACCUCUCUGGAAUGGGUUGUAGUGCAGGAUUGAUAUCCAUUAAUCUAGCUAAUGACCUUCUUAAAGUUCAUGCAGAUUCAAAUGCUGUUGUGGUGAGCACAGAGACCAUAACGCCAAAUAUGUACUUGGGAAUCCAAAGAUCAAUGCUUCUUCCUAACUGUCUGUUCCGAGUUGGUGGAGCUGCUAUUCUGUUGUCGAACCGGUGGUCCGACCGGAAUCGAGCAAAGUACCGGCUGGUUCACGCAGUUCGAACACACGAAGGAGCUCAUGACAAUGCUUAUCACUGUGUCCACCAACAAGAGGACCCUCAAGGUCACGUAGGGAUGUCGCUGUCCAUCGAUCUCAUGACGAUCGCCGGCGAGGCCUUGAAGUCGAAUAUCACCACCAUUGGGCCUCUUGUCCUUCCUGCUUCUGAGCAACUCUUGUUUCUUGCCACACUGGUGGGCAGGAAAGUGUUCAACAAUAAGUGGAAGCCUUAUGUUCCGGACUUCAAGAAGGCUUUCGAGCACUUCUGCAUCCAUGCGGGUGGUAGGGCGGUGAUCGACGAGCUGCAGAAGAGCCUCCGGCUCUCGGCUGUGGACGUGGAGGCGUCGAGGAUGACGUUGCACCGGUUUGGUAACACGUCAUCGUCGUCGCUGUGGUAUGAGUUGAGCUAUAUUGAGGCCAAGGAGAAAAUGAAGAAGGGAGAUAGGGUUUGGCAGAUAGGGUUUGGGAGUGGUUUUAAGUGUAAUAGUGCAGUUUGGAAGUGCAAUAGAACCAUCAAGACACCAACAGAUGGGCCAUGGGAGGAUUGCAUUCAUAGGUACCCAGUUCAUAUUCCUGAACUAGUCAAGUUCUAAGUCAAAACAUAUUAGUUUCGAAACUCAAAUUUUACAUCAUUUAUGUAAUAACUAAGUUAUUAUAUAAAUUUUGCACUAGCAAUACCGGUCACAUAGGGGAUCUAGAUUCAUUGGUUUUAUAUGUGUGCUUGUAUGCAUUUAUAUUAAUUAUUGUUUUUCACUAUAUUGUACUUAAUAUUGAUCUCAAUCUUUCUUAUGGGAAAUCAUAAUACAUGACAUAUGUUAUACA